CGAUAAUUCAUUCAUUCAUUAUACAGUAUACUUUUAAAAUAUUUUACUUUUUUUACGUUAAUUAUUUCCGUAUCUUCGUAUCCAUCCUUAUCAUUCAAACAAUAAUUAUGUAUGAAAUUAAACACACGAUUAUCUUUCUUUGAAAGGAACAUAGAGGGCGUUAUUAUUUCGAUUAAUUUAGAUUACAGGAUAAAUGAUUUCAUAUUUGUUUUUCUUAGUUGUUUCAUCUCAUGAUUUACACAAAGAUGUUGAAAUGGCGCGAUAUUUCUUUAUUUAUAAUAUUUAUAAUUUAUUUCCGUCUGCAAUUUUCCGCGAUUUGAAAUCAUUUAAUCAUUUUCAUGCAUGUUAUUACGCGUUGUUCUUCUUUUUGAUUAAGUUUUUUUUGAUUUGUAAUAUGUAUCCUUAUUCGUUUCAUUUGCUGCGCAAGGUUUAAAUUAAAUAUAAAAGCAAUCAUAAAACAGUCCUGGUCAAAAAA